CGAGAAGACGUCAAAUCUGACUUGACGUGUAGCCGACGCGACUGCACCGGGCACCGGUACCGGGGGGAGACUCUCCGCCCUAAGCGGGCACCGCGCCGGCGAGGCGGGCGGCAGCAGCGCGGCGAAUUGUUCAGCCCACAACGGCCGCUCAUAGUCGGCCCAACCGCGCGGGGCUCAGCGGCUCCUACAGAGAUGCUGUAAUGAGUGCGCGCUGAAGAAGAUGAAGAUGAAUGUUGCGGGAACGCUGUGCGAGGUGCGACAGCGCCGCUGGAAGCGGAAGCCCAUGUUGGUGCUGACAGACGUAUCGGGGGCCAAGCAGCUGAGCGUGCUGGCCCGGCGCUGCUGCGUGCUGGCUCCCUGCCGCCGCACCCUCAAGAGGCUUCGGUCCCCGCUGGACAAGAGAAGCUCGACUGUCGUGGUGAAGGAGGAAGAGAGCGAGGAAGAUGGUCAGGAAGAGGGGGAAGAGAGAGAGCAGCAACAGGAGGAAGAGAAAGAUAAGGCAGAGGUUCCUCAACGCAAUUCAAAGAAAAGGGUUAAUAGUUCAAACGAUGGACCUGGUAGUGAACCAUCUGCUGACGACCCCAGUGUAGAGGGAGAUGUGGAAAACUGGAGAUCGUACACUGAUUCUUUCUCACUCAAUGGGACCUUCGAUGGCGAAUCUCUCCAGGAUUGUAUAGACGAUGAGACUGGUUUCUCUAGAGCCGGGAGCCGGCCGUACCUGGCUGCAGCGCACGCUGGGAGCGAACACAGUGUGGUGGUGAUGGGCCCAGCCCAGAGUCUGACUUUCCGAGGAAGGUGUCAUAUGACCUGUCUCUACGGUAGUGUCCAGGUGCUAGGUUUUGUGAUUAGCCAAGGCCAGCCUGCCUAUAGCCUGUACUCUCUAAUGACACACAACGCCCUGAGCAUUGAAGCCCUCGCUCACUGCAAACCAGGCAGGACCAAGCGCGAUAUGAAAAUGGAGGCCAAGAGCAUUCUCCGCGAUCACGUCCCUGCUGCUACAAGAGCCAAUCUGAUGAAGGAGGUAACCUCAACCUGCUCCAUUGUGCUGCUGGAGCGUCUGCACACACCUCUGACUGACUUCAUCACCAGCUUCCCCAAGUAUAGGGAGAUCUUUACCUCCGAUUCGAAAGUAAUGUCUUGUGGAAAGCAUCCAUUUCUCGACUGCUCCCCUUUAACCUCUCUGGGUGUAAUCCCCCUCUUUGACGAUCCGGGGCUGAUCCUGUCUGAGGAGUGGUCUAAUACCAUUCAGGAACUCCUCAAGACCUGCCUGGAGGACGACGAUGGCUGCCCGAUCAUCCUGGUUUGUGGUAAUAAGAAUGUCGGCAAGUCAACCUUCAGUCGCUACCUCAUGAACUCCUUCCUGAACCAUGUUCCCUGCGUGGAGUUUUUGGAGUGUGACUUGGGUCAGACAGAAUUCAGUCCUCCAGGCUGUGUGGCACUGCACUCCGUUACCGGACCUCUUCUCAGUCCUCCUUAUAUGCACCAGAGUGAGCCCCGGAAAAUGGUGUAUUACGGUGACGUGUCGUGCGAGCGAGACUUGGACCGAUACAUGGAGGCGGUGAAGUAUCUGCACGCAGCGUGCCGGAAGGAAGUGCCUCUAGUCAUCAACACCAUGGGCUGGGUGAAAGGCCUGGGUUUGCUGGUUCUCAUUGACCUGAUUCGGCUGCUGUCCCCAACGCACGUGGUACAGUUCAGGACCGGGGAUGGGAGCCAGGAGCUGCCGUUUAUGACCCCGGAGCACGUGCGCACGACCGCUGGCUGGCACACCAAGGGCAAGCACCAGAUCCAGCAGAGUUGUGCAGUUGUGAAUACAUGGGAGAGCUCAGAGGAGGAGGAGGCCCCAAAUGAGGGGCUUGUGCUCCGCGGGCACAGGCUGUUGCGGGUCCAGGCAUACAGCCAAGCAAGAGAAAGGAGUUGCUCUCAGAAAUUCCCCAAUCACAUGCUGAGAGAAUUGGCUCUGCUGGGAUCUCUGAGCCAACUGCUGCCCUUGGACACUGGGAGAGCCCAGCAGCCUCUGCACAGCAUGCUGCCCUAUCAGGUGCCGUUUGGUGCAGUGGCGCUGCACGUACUACACUGUGAUGUGUCCCCAGCUCACAUCCUGUACACUGCCAAUGCCAGCUUGGUUGGGCUCUGCCAGGUUCCAGACAAUGUCUGCUCCCAGCGAGGUGGCCCCGUCAUACUCCCGCACUCUCCCAUCUGUGAUUGUUUUGGCAUUGGAAUCCUUCGUGGGAUAAAUAUGGAGAAGAAGCUGUAUUAUAUACUGACCCCAGUGUCACCGGCAAAGCUGCGGCUGGUGAAUUGCCUUCUGUUGGGGGCCGUCACCAUCCCGCACUCACUCUUCCAAAACCAGCCUGGGUUGUCUGGGGAUCUGCCGUACCUCACGUCUGAAUAUUCUUUCAACCUCUCUGGAGCUGGAAAAAUUAAAGUCUGCAAUCACCUGAGGAGAUGGGAACACCUGAACACCAGCUUUCAAUAGUGGUGGCCUCUGGGCUCCGUGAGGGAGGGCCCCAUGGGGAGUGGGGAGAGAGGAAUGGGAGAGGAGGGAAGGUCCUAGGCCCCUGCACACUACCUGUUUCUGACUCCUUAGUUGUUGCUGUUACAAAAGAACUGUCUAUGGGGAAAAAUAUUCAAUGCAGAUCCAGCCUUUUUAUAACAACAUGCUGAUUUAUACCCCUGCCGCUAUACAGAAUUGCCUGCUCUGAAGGCAACCUCUUCAUUGUGCCUCCAACGCUGGUUGAAUGUGUCUGAUGCUCACUCGAUCAGUAAGGAGCCUUGAUGUAUUCUUAAAAAUAGGGAAUGUGAAACGUUUUAUAAAUAAAAGAUUGUGUGUCCUGUUC